UGUCGCCCGGUGCUUGUAAAAGUGUGGUGAGAUGACAGAUUUGGUGAUGUUUUGUAAUUUUUCUAAUUUAAGUAAAUUUCUUUGAAGGCUCUUGACUAAGUGAGGCGGCUAUUAGAUGCAUCGGUUUGAAAUCUACAUAGGAAUUUAGGUUCGGCUUGGAAGGAUAUAGAAACCAGCAGCAUGAAUUUGGAAAUACCACCUGGGCUAACAGACCUUUUGCAGGAGUUCACCGUGUCUGUGUUAAGAGAGAGACCGGGGGACCUGGUUCAGUUUGCAGCAGAAUAUUUUAAUAAACUCAAUGAAAGACGACUAAAUGAAAAACCACAACCACCACGUGGGGUGCGUUUUGAAGCACCCACCCCUCCUCCAGAUGAACCCAUGAAUACCGACGACGAAGACGAUGAACCUGAACCUUUCACUCCACCUAUACGUAAUGCCAGGCGGCCAUCAGUAUCAGCAGAACGCUAUGAUCCAGAAACAGACGAAGGAGACACAGAUGAAAAGAUCAUUCACCCAAAAUCAGAUGAACAGCGAUGGCGGCUAAGCGAAGCAAUCCAGAACAUAUUGCUAUUCCGCUCACUAGAUAAUGCCCAGCUUCACGAAGUUUUGGAUGCCAUGUUUGAAAGGAAGGUAAAGCCUGAAGAACACGUGAUAGACCAAGGGGAUGAUGGGGACAAUUUUUAUGUUAUAGACAGUGGCCUGUAUGAUAUAUUUGUGGAAAUAGAUGGAAAACCCCAGAAUGUUGGUCACUACGAUAACACAGGCUUCUUUGGAGAGCUUGCCCUUAUGUACAACAUGCCGCGUGCAGCCACCAUUGUCGCUACAACAGAAGGCAGUCUAUGGGCUCUGGAUAGGAUCACCUUUAGACGAAUUGUGCUCAAAAAUGCUUUUAUGAAGCGAAAAAUGUAUGAAAAUUUACUAGAAUGUGUCCCUAUGUUAAAGACACUAGAUCCAUAUGAGAGGAUGAAUGUAGCAGAUGCCCUGGUCUCCAAAACAUGCGAAGCGGGAGAGUGUAUUUUACGACAGGGAGACGAAGCUGACUGCAUGUACUUUGUUGAAGAUGGUGAGGUUAGGAUAACUGUACAGAGUAAGAGUGAUCCAGGAAAUGAAGUAGAAGUCAAACGAUGUGGCAAAGGCACUUAUUUUGGAGAAUUGGCAUUGGUCACGCAUAAACCAAGGGCAGCCUCUGCAUAUGCUGUAGGACCAACAAAGUUAGCAGUGUUGGAUGUACAAGCAUUUGAGCGACUUUUAGGCCCGUGUAUGAACCUCAUGAAGCGAAACAUUGACGAGUAUGAAGAACAACUUGUACAGGUAUUCGGAGACAAAGCCAGCAUUACUGACCUGCGAUAAGAACACCGGGAUUCAGCACCCAAUAAUCCUCUAUUUUUUCUAUCUUUGGUUUCUCCACAAGGCACUACUUAUGCCACCUGUUUUGAGCAGUUGGCUAAUGGCUUUAAUGUUAACAUUAACCAUAAACUCUGUUUGAUUUCCAUGUCUAGAUGUGGAUACAAAUUGUUGUAUGGUUUGCACUGGCAAAUUGUUUAGUAAAUAAUGAAGGACAUCCAGAUGCCAUUUUUGUUCAGAUGUUUUGUGUUUAUUUUUAAUGUAAAGUCAUUAAAUAGUUUGUCUAACAUCAAGUCAGGAGAUGGUAAUUUUCCAGUAAUCUUUUUAUUUGAUCUGUCCAAAAGCUUUUGUACAGACCAUGGUUCUGACUAUGGAUUGAGUCUUCUCAGUAUUAGAAAAAUGCUAACAGAAAUUGAAGUAAGUGUUGUUUGCUCAACUGUGUGAUAAUGACUUAAAAGAGGCCAAACAAGUUAUAAUGUGACUGGAAGAAUAUUUACAGGUGACAUGAUCUUUGGAUUUAUGUCAUGUUUGCCUCUUAUUUUCACAUGAACAAUGCAUGUUUAAUAAGAGGAAUUUCUAAUACCCACAUUACAGGACAUGCCAAGAAGAGACAAUUUACUGGUGACAGGAAUGUAUAAUUUUGCAUGAGAUGUAGUUACAACAUACAUGAGAACACUUUAGUUUCGUUAUAAAUUUUGCAUGCCUGGUGAAAAGUAUAUACCAAAUGGGACACAAGUAAUGUCAAAUACAGCUUGUAGUAAAGUGUUGCACUUGACUUUGUUCGAGGGUGGGUGUACAUGUUGAUACCACUUUGAAUCAAGAGGUGAAUGUCUGGAGAACUGAACAUUCUGGUAUAUAAAUAUAUGCACCAGUGUGUGCAUCAACAUAGGGCCUUCAACCAGUUGAUAGUGUGAUUCCCUAAAACCUUGCAGAUACUAAAACAACAUGUGCAAUGGCACUAAUCACAUGUAUUUUUUUUCCCCACAUCUCUUUUUGCCAGAAAACAUAAGUUUGUUGUUAAACUUCAUAUUGCUUAUAUAUGUAUUCUACGUUUUGGCGUUGAAAAUUAUCUUCAUAAAUGUGCCAAUAAGAUUGCAGAUAUUCCAGACUUUAGUUUUCAAACAAUUUACUCAUUUGAUGUUUUUGCAAUUUUAAUCGUUAAACUUAUAGUAGAUGUCCAGAUAUGUUUAUUUUGAAGGUUUUUGUGUUUUUUUUUUUAAUUUUGUAACUUUUAUGUACAUAUAAUAGUAUGUUAUGUCAUAAAUUAGUAACAUUCCAAACUAUGUCCAAAAUAAGACUUAUGCUGUUUUAAGUGCAGUAAAAUUGUAUUUUAUUACAAUAGAUCAAAGUACAUGCAGAUAUUUUGAUUAAUUUUACUACACUUUUAUUCGGAAAGCUAUAUUCUGUUUAAAUUAAAUUAGUUAUAACUGGACACACAGAAGAAUUUCUGAUUGUCAAGUGGAAUCCUUUUUAUAUGUCAUAAUGUUUGUAUGCUGAAAUAGACACCUUGCCAAGAUAAGGGGAAAUAUACCUUCCUGUGUGUCUUCCUCUUUGAAUUCUUCCACUGGUUUGAAUUAAUUGCAAACAUUUGCUUCACAUUACUAGUAAUCUGGUUAAACAUGUCAUGUGUGGUCACAAGUAAUACCUUUUCUGACAAUCCUACAUACCACAUAUUACUGAAAAAGGUUAAUAAACCAUGAUAAUUAUCACACAUACAUGUCUCCAUGUUUAUCUAUCAAUUGAAGAUUUAUUCUUUGAGAAGGGAGUCAUUUAAGCAAAGCGCUGAAAAUGUGUUUAAUAGGUGAACAGUGAUAGCCAGUGCUAGUUUAUAAAUACUUCUGUAAGCCAUGUGUAGUAUGCUAUUAAAUAUGUGUGUGUGAUGUAACAGAUGCCAGGGUAGUAAUACAGGUUCAUCCCAGAGCCAUCAGGUAAAGUGUUAAAUCCAUGACACAAUAAGCAUUUGACCGAGAUAUAUGUCUGGGUACUGAAUAUCCUGGAUUUACGCACCAACACCCAGUAUCCAUCAAGGUUACUGUAACAAAUUGUACAUGUUUUUUUAUUUUUCUGUUCUUUGUUUUCAAAUAAAUUGCAUGGUACUCAAAGCUCUACUAGUACAGUCUAAAGCCUAGUACGACAAUGAUUAUUACAUUAUUCUGUUUUCUGUAUAUCAGAUUACCAGAGCUGUAGAUAAAUUAUUUGUUGUUUAAUUUUGUAUGUUAAAAGAGUUCUGUUGAUGUUGUUAAAAUGCAUUUUGUGACCAUUUCAGUCAGGUUGUUGUUAUGAUUGUUUAAGUAGAGUAUUCUGAAAUCUUGACUAUAGUGUGCUUCAUGUUAUUCAGUCCAGAUAAGGAUAAGAUGAAAUGCAGGCUGCAGAUAGCAAUUAAUAGUGACUUAUAGUAGUUCACAUUUGAUACACUGUGUAACAUGUGUUUCCCUUUUUAUAAAUAAUGCUGUAUAAGUCUUUGACAUGCAAAUUUAAUGUCAAAUCCAUCUUUCUGUUGUACCACUCCUGAUUUGCAUAGUGUAAUGCUGUUACUCUUUAUGCUAACAUACAAUGUAGUGAACCAUUCCUUGCUGGAUUAAACUGUUCUACACUUUUGCCAGCACCUUGCCAUAUGCCAUCUUCACUCACACUGCCAUGCUCUUGUUGAUACUAGUGAUAUGCUGCUGACUGUAUCUGUCAAGAACCAUCCAGCAACCAGAAAAAAUACCAGUAAUUUCUUUUUUCAUUCUGCGAUAAAACCCUAAUUAAUUAACAAAACCAACCCCCCUUGUUUUUUUAGUUUUUUUUUUUUUCACAAAAUACUUUUAAGAUUAAUCACAUGCUUUUAGUCUGGAGAAAUAAGUUCUUGUUUCAUCCACAGGAAUUGUAAUCAUUUUCAAUUCUGUGGCAUUUUUGGAACGAAGUGUGUUUUAUUUAACUAUGGUAUAAUGUUAAAAUUGUCAUGGUAUUAGUAUUGCCACAUGUACUGCUGGCUGGAACAGAAUUGUGUGAUGUUGAAUUUGCGUAUUCUUAAACUUCAUGUUGCUGAACAAUAUUUGUGCUCAGGUUAUACAAAUGUAUUGAAGUUAGGUUACAUGUCGAGUCAAAGAUGGCUUAAUGCAAGCAACAGCACCCGUGAUGGUCUAGUUUUUACCACCUAUUUCUACAGGAAGGUUCUAUAAAUGAGUUAUUAAUAGUUGACUGCACCUAUUUUUCCAUGAUGCGUAAUGUGAACCCGCAUCUAGAACCAACACCAUUGCCUUUUCUCUGAGAAUUUUUCCAUAGUUUAUACAAAGUUGGCUGAGUUACAAUGUCACACCUGCUGUUUGGAUGUUUUGUUGGUGAUUACAUGAUAUUCAGUGUAUAUAAGUGGACCAUAGUUUUAUCUGAAAUAUUGUAAACUUUCUUACCACAGUAAAGAUAUUCUACUUUAAUAUGAUAUUUGCGAGCUGAAUGACCCUUUUAUUUGUUUGAAAAGUGACUGAAAUAAAUUUUAAAAGUGUA